UUGGGAUUCAGCCCUCCGACUGUGCAGGUCGGUUCCACCACAACUUCUCUCAACAAUUUCAACUGCAUUUUCGUCUCACCUUAUGCACGAUAUUGUCAACGUUUCCCAUAUUUCGUGAGUGUCGUUCUACGCCCUGUCGUUCGUGCUGUGCGAAUGUGUACGGGAACACUUGUCACUUUACUGUUGCUCAACUUCUUUGUUCCCUCCCGACACACGCCGUGCCACGUUUUCGGCUGUUUGCGCCCAGGUCUGUGUCGACCACGUGAGCGAUUCCAUGAAUUGAACAACUCGAACGCGUUACCUGGACUUCUAUGGUGCCGACACCCAACCUACCAAUUCCACCAGCCGUUCACUUGCACCUGUUGCUAAAAGAAAACUGAACAACAAUAAGAAAACCGACAACGAAACUGUCGGGCGUUUCUUCAUUCAUCUGCUGAAAGUGUUGGACAUUGCAACGCGCCAUAUUUUUCAUCGUCACUUUCCAAGUGCCAAACGUUUUCAAUUUGACUUUGAGUUCAGUUGAAUUGAGGAGAAACUGAUUCGCCCAUCAUCUAGAGUCAUCAGUUGAAAUUCUGGGGCCAUUUCUCAUCAUCCGUCACAUUUGGUCGAAUUGCUUUCAUCGAUGAUCAAAGCGACGGGUAACAUGAACGAAAAUCUUCAUCACAGCCAAUUAUCAGACACAUCCAGCCACAACGGUGGCGGCAGUGGUUACGGCAACCUCGAACUCGAGAAAAUGAACCCAUUGGGUGAACUCAACUUCUUCUUCGGUGAGCGUUCAGCAGGUAACAGCCAGCAGCAACGUCCGCAACAACAACAACAACAGCAGCAGAAUAAUCAGCAACAGCCUGGCAAACGCUCCAUGGACGACGUUCUAAAGAAAUUAUCCUCCAAGAUGCACAUUAGCCAUUCGCCCGACGAAGAGAUGGAUCCAUUCACCAUUAAAGACAGCAGGUCAGGUCAUUCGCAUCACGUCGGUUCUGGCGGUACCAAUCGCUCGUCGGCCGACAUUGGCAGCCACGGGAGCGGGAGCAGCAGUGGUGGCGCUGGCAGUCAUGCGUCAGAUGCCGGGUCGCUAUUGGAUGCGCUGGGCGGCGAAUCUUUGACGGAAAAGGAGCGCAUCCUCAACGAAAAAAUUGCUGAACUCCAGAAAAUACGCGAGCAGAUGAUCGCCCAGCGUAGCGGAAGCAGCAGCAGCGAUUACACCGAUAAGGCUGGGCAGCAACACAACCAACAACAAGGAUCGCAUCACAAUAGUGGAUCACAACAGCCUCAUACAACAGCUAUGGAGAUGGCCGUAGCAGCAGCAGCGGCUGCGUCAAAGAACAACGCCGAAAUGCAACAGUUUCAAGAACUCCAGCACCAGAUCGAGUUGCAACGUUUACAGCAAAGUCAACAGAUGUUUCUCCAUCAGCAACGAAUCCAAGAGAUUCAGGCCCAAGUACUUUCUCAGUACGGAAACAAAGCACUAAGUCUGGCCGCCGCCGGAAUGCCACCUCUGAUGCUGCUGCCCUACUUGGAAUCUCUACGCAAUCUUCAAGGACACCAUUCGGGCAUGCAGGGAUUCUCGGCAAAUCCCCUUGGUAGUCCGCAGUCCGUUUCUGGCUCCUCGUUCAACGGAAUCCAUCCGGCACUGUCUCAAUUAACGCCAAAUUUUCUUGGCUCACCAUCUGGGCCAACCGCCUGUUCCUCCACCGUUACCACCAAAAGUUCUCCAUCAACACCAAUCACAUCAAUGGCAUCCGGUUGGAGUUCAUCAUCCAUGGGACAAAAACAUUUGCCGUCUUCGGUAAGGAGGAGCACCACCCCAGAGCAGUCGGCUAACAAAACAGCGGCUGGAAAUCACGAUGGAGUUUUGCUGCCAUCUUCCACCAGUUCGCCAGUCACAAAGAAACAACGCGGUAAUCGAGAAGGUGAUGGGCCACUCAAUCUCAGUAAAUCAAAAGGUCAGGGAGGCAGUCCAACUCCGCCCAGUACUCCAUCUUCGACGCCAACUCCGUUGACCUCUACGGCUUCGUUGACAUCGUCACGCAUGUUUCCUGGACAAAACCACAUGAUGCACGGAUCUGGAUUGCUCUUCCCUAGCCAUUUUCUUCCUUAUUCGUCCAUGCCGCCUCAUUUAGCUGCCAUGAACUUCACAGGUAAUAAAAUGGGUUUCAAUCCGCCAAAUAUGGGAGGCAUGGGAGUCAACGAACGCAUCCUAGGAUCAGACAAGCACCACGGAGCCAUGAAUAGCAACAACAGUGGCGAACCAAACAGCCCUUUCCCUACAAUGCCCUUCUUCCUGCCGUCGAUGAACGGCAAUGCACUACCAAAUAUCAGCAAUAGUACGGGGAUCGUAUCGAUUGCAUCUUCCAGUGACCGUUCGCACUCGUCGGAGACUCCAGCCAAGCAACAGCGCGAUGGAAGUUCCUCUAAUCGUAACACAAAAAUGUACGGAGCCAAAAUAAUUCGCCAAAGUCGUCGAGAUCCCGAAGGAAAGCCGCACAUUAAACGGCCGAUGAACGCGUUCAUGGUUUGGGCCAAAGAUGAACGAAGGAAAAUUCUUAAAGCUUGCCCGGAUAUGCACAAUUCCAACAUUUCCAAAAUACUUGGUGCCCGUUGGAAGGCCAUGACCAAUGCCGACAAGCAGCCGUUCUACGAGGAACAAUCACGACUGUCGAAGGUGCACAUGGAGAAACAUCCCGACUACCGUUACCGCCCACGGCCCAAGCGCACCUGCAUUGUGGACGGCAAGAAACUGCGGAUUUCGGAGUACAAAACGCUGAUGAAGCAACGUCGCCAAGAUAUGCGUCAAAUGUGGUGCCGUGAUGGAGUCAACCCGGGGGGCAACGGCGCUGGCCCGUCUUCCAAGGAACGCGGUAAGAGCGGAAACGGAGAUGAUGAUGAUAAAAACACAACCAACUCGUCUAUCUCAGAUUCGGAUGACGAUGAAUUAGACGCCGCCGAGGACAGUUUAGAUAUGAAUUUUUCGGGAGGUGAGCACGAAGAAACGGGCCCUCACGGCGAUUACAUCUUUCACGCCGCUUCGCUGUUCAAUCCGACGAGCUCGUCGUCACUGAACACGGAACGGAUAUCAUUCAAUAGUUAGUCAACUAGAGUUACUUGAUUUCUUCUGUUAUUUUCUAUAUAAAUUUCCAUUUAAGAAAAAAUUCAAAACCAACCAAAUAACAUUUUAAAAAAUAAUUCACUGUAGCAUAUUGGGCAAUUUAUUUUUCUUUUGUUUUAUUGUGAAUUUUUCGAUUAUUGACAUGACUGGAUUUUUGGUCCAAAUUCUUUUAAUCCUGUGACUGUUCACGUUGAAAUUCUAUUAUGUCCCUUCGAUAAAAUAGUGUACGAUACAUUUUUAUGUUGUAAUAUCGUCUAAGCACACAAAGUGUGCACAUUUUCAAUCAUUAUCGAUUUAAGUGAGUGCUCCUGUCUUUACAUGUUCUCUCCUUAUCGCAUUUAAUUUUGCCGGGAAAUUUGUUGUUUAAUUUCCCAAUAUUAGAAUUACCUUUAGCGGAAAGAGAAGGUAGAGCGAUUGGGAAAAUACCGACGUCAUUAUAUAAUUAUAGCGAUGCUAAAUACCUGUUAAAUAUUAUCUAGUUCACUUAGCAGAACGUAAACAUGCCGCUCAAUAAUGGAUUUUUGGUGACAAUGAAGCCAAAUAAGACAUGAACAUGAAUUACGUCCUGGUAGUUAUUCAAAAAAAAUUUUAGCAGCCCGUGAAAACGGUACUUGAUUUCCCCAUCGUUCGUUUUGUGUUAGGAAAACCCACCACAAUGUUUUACAUGAGCUUUCCCUACUCGAUUUACUUGAAAGACUUUAUAAUUCAUUUCAGAUUAAUUGCCCUAUCCGCGUCGUCGGUUGUUUAACAUUUCAUUUCUGAACGGUUCAAUGUCAAUUCGUAUUGUACACACUCACACCACAUAAAAUUCUCAGCGAAACAACAAAAAAACUUCAUGCCCAGUUGUUUGUUCUUUCUUGAUUUCUUUACGUUUCAUUGUUCGUUGACGAAAAUAUUGGAUGUACAUUUUUUUUUUUUCGAAUUUAAUCUCUGUUCCUUGUUGUUAUCAAGGGUUUCAUUGUAUAUGUGUACACAUUUUUCUGGAUAAUUUCUUAUUAGAUUUUAGGUCCUAUUUGUAUUGAAUGGAAAUACAUUGACUAUUGCACUA